AGCGUCGUGGAAUUCUUGCUUGCUAUUGGAAGGAUGGAUUCCGACGUCAAAGACGCACGUGGUCUUACACCUCUGGCUUGGGCUUCACGGACGAAUCAAUCAAUCAGAAUUGCGGAGAUGUUACUCAGCACCGGCAAAGUCGAUGCGAAUUGUAGUAAAAAGCUUGGUGUAAUACUAUUCAUGUGGUCUACAACCUCUCAAAGCGAUAAGGUGAAGGAACUAUUGCUCAACAGUGGUAAACUUGACGAAGAUCUACCACCAACAACCGCCGGCGACAUCCUUUCUCGGCACAUCAUCUAUUGGAUAGAGGCUUGCGACGCUCAACACGGAAGACAUACUCGGCCAGUACCUCUUGAACAUAGAUUAUCUCGCCAAUUUCCACAGUAA